AUGCCUGACACAAAGGUACUGCAUAGUAGCAAGACCCUUCAAGGUGUUGCUGGGGCUCCAAUGUCAGUAUUGGGGGAAAUGGAUGUAGGUUUUACUAUCGGUAAAUCAAAACUUUUGCAUCGUGUUUGUGUUGCUGAUAAGAUUAAUUUUCCAGGAGAUUUACUUAUGGGAAUGGAUUUCCUACGCCGGCUAGACAUGAGAUUAGUUACCAGUAACAAAUUUUCUGGGGCUUAUUUGUUGCUAGGUGGAGUCCAUUUCUCAGUCAAAUAUACUGGUGAGGAAAGUUUGGGCUGUGUGUCUGUACCUUCAGUUGAAGUUGCUAAAGAAAGAAGAGCAACACAGACCCUCCGCAUAGCGCCAGUUCAUGUGGUUCAUACUGAGCUGAUUGGGCCUCAGUCCGGACAGUUUGUUAGUGCGGCUGUUGCUAGGGGCCUCCCAGAGUCUAGGGCAAUUCUAGAUACAAAACCGAGGAGACUGACACAGGGUACUUGCAUAGGUUUUGCAGAGCAAGUAGGAGUAGACCAAUUGGUGGAUGUCAAUGUAAAUGGCAGUGUGACAGGAAAAGAUCCCAGGGCGAAGGAGGAUACAGUGUACACUCUCUUGAUGAAAUACACAGAUGAACUAUCCACUGGGUCUUGUAAAGUAUGGCCAGCAGAUGAUGAACAAGACUUUGGUUAUUCAGAUAGUGAGUAUUUUGUUUUCCCAGCCACUCCAGCUCUGAGUGGGUCAUCUCCCUGCUCAGGUGAUUCUGUCCUCCCUCCAGAUAAGGCAGAAGUAAAUGUAGUAGAUAGUGAUUUUCACCACAUUAUAACUACUACAAACCAACUUGUAUGUGUUAGGCAGUGGCGUCUGCAUCAGGCAACCAAAGAGUUGAUACGCUCAGAGUGUGACACAAUGUUGAAACAAGGGGUGAUUGAGCCUUCCACGUCAUCCUGGGUCUCCCCCGUAGUCCUAGGCUUGAAUCAUGUCACUGCUGCUGAUAGUUAUCCCUUGCCUCGAACUGAUAAGGUCAUAGAGAGCUUGACAGGCAAGCUUUGGUAUACCUUUCAACAAAUGCCCUUUGGGUUAUCCAUGGCUCCAACUACCUUCCAGAGGAUGAUGAAUGUUGUGCUGUCGAGUGUGCUUGGGAGACAUAUGCCAGCAUAUUUGGACGAUGUAGUUGUGGCCAGUAAGACAUUUGAAAGCCAUCUAAGUAACCUUACUGAAACACUAGGGCUGCUGGAUGAGGCUGGUAUGAAACUUAAUCUUGCUAAAUGCCUCUUUGCAAAGCACCAGAUAGUUCCUUGGUUUUGUGGUAAGCCCUGA